GAUAACAGAUGGAGAUGAUUCAACUUGUAUGAAUACACGAUCCCGUGUAUUUGACUUGACGCUGGACCACGCUAAUGAAAUAACUUGGAUUAGAAUUGUUACCCGAACCCCAGGUCAUGAGCAUGCUUUGACAGCAAUGUUUAAAGGAGUUUCCGAUUACAAUUUCAAUAUUCAGUGCAAAGAUCCUGUUGAAUACAUAAACCAGACAACAACAGAUAUUAUAUGCAGAAAUCAGCAGGUGGUUAGAGGUGUCCGAAUACAGUUUAAGGCCGAUACUACCCUGUGUUCUAUUUACGUGAGUGGAGGAAGAAAUGUAGCACUUAAGCAAAACGCUACCCAAUCCAGUGAUUACGACAUAUAUUACGCUAGUAAAGCUGUAGACGGCAACACUGACAGU